AGAUAUACUGAGUGAGCCCUGAGAAGCAGCCUCAGAUCCUGACGGUGCAGCAACUCGCAGCCUCAGCCAGGGAGUCCCAGCCGCUUUCAAUGGAGGAGAAGCCCGGCCAGCCACAGCCUCAGCACCAUCACAGCCAUCACCAUCCGCACCAUCACCCCCAGCAGCAGCAGCAGCAGCAGCAGCCGCAGCCGCACCACCACCACCAUUAUUAUUUCUACAACCACAACCACAACCAUCACCACCACCACCAUCACCAGCAGCCUCACCAAUACCUGCAGCAUGGAGCCGAGGGCAGCCCCAAGGCCCAGCCAAAGCCGCUGAAACAUGAGCAGAAACACACCCUCCAGCAGCACCAGGAAACGCCGAAGAAGAAAACAGGCUAUGGUGAACUAAACGGUAAUGCUGGAGAAAGAGAAAUAUCUUUAAAGAGUCUGGGUUCUGAUGAAGCUACCAGCCCUAUUUCCAGGGUCCUCAAUGGCAACCAGCAAGUUGUAGACACUAGCCUAAAACAGACUGUAAAGGCCAGCACCUUUGGGAAAGCAGGAAUUAAAACCAAGAAUUUCAUUCAGAAAAACAGUAUGGACAAAAAGAAUGGGAAGUCUUAUGAAAAUAAAUCUGGAGAGAAUCAGUCUGUAGAUAAGACUGAUACUGUAGCAAUUCCAAAUGGUGUUGUAACAAAUAAUUCUGGCUAUAUUACCAAUGGUUAUAUGGGUAAAGGAGUAGAUAAUGAUGGUAGUGGAUCUGAGAGCGGAUAUACCACUCCUAAAAAAAGGAAAGCUAGGCGCAAUAGUGCCAAGGGUUGUGAAAACCUUAAUUUAGUGCAGGACAAAAUAAUGCAACAAGAGACCAGUGUCCCAACCUUAAAACAAGGACUUGAAACUUUCAAGCCUGACUAUAGUGAACAAAAGGGAAAUCGAGUAGAUGGUUCAAAGCCCAUUUGGAAGUAUGAAACGGGGCCUGGAGGAACAAGUCGAGGAAAACCUGCUGUGGGUGAUAUGCUUCGAAAAAGCUCAGAUAUUAAACCUGGUAUAAGCAGCAAAAAGUUUGAUGAUCGACCCAAAGGAAAGCAUGCUUCAGCUGUUGCCUCCAAAGAGGACUCGUGGACACUAUUUAAACCACCUCCAGUUUUUCCAGUGGACAACAGCAGUGCUAAAAUAGUUCCUAAAAUAAGUUAUGCAAGCAAAGUUAAGGAAAACCUCAAUAAAACCAUCCAGAACUCUUCUGUGUCACCAUCUUCGUCUUCAUCCUCUUCAUCAUCUACUGGGGAAACUCAGACCCAAUCUUCAAGUCGGUUAUCCCAGGUUCCUAUGUCAGCGCUGAAAUCUGUUACUUCUGCCAGCUUUUCUAAUGGGCCUGUUUUAGCAGGGACUGAUGCAAGUGUGUAUCCUCCAGGGGGUCAGCCACUGCUAACUACUGCUGCUAAUACUCUAACACCCAUCUCUUCUGGGACUGAUUCAGUUCUCCAGGACAUGAGUCUAACUUCAGCAGCUGUUGAACAGAUUAAGUCUAGCCUUUUUAUCUACCCUUCAAAUAUGCAAACUGUGCUGUUAAGCACAGCACAAGUGGAUCUGCCCUCUCAGACAGAUCAGCAAAACCUGGGGGAUAUCUUCCAGAAUCAGUGGGGUUUAUCAUUUAUAAAUGAGCCCAGUGCUGGCCCUGAGACUGUUAUUGGGAAGUCAUCAGAUCAUAAAGUGAUGGAGGUGACAUUUCAAGGAGAAUAUCCUGCCGCUUUGGUUUCACAGGGUGCUGAAAUAAUCCCCUCAGGAACUGAGCAUCCUGUGUUUCCCAAGGCUUAUGAGCUGGAGAAACGGACUAGUCCUCAAGUUCUGGGUAGCAUUCUAAAAUCUGGGACUACUAAUGAGAGUGGAGCCUUAUCUUUGGAACCCAGUCAUAUAGGUGACCUGCAAAAAGCAGACACCAGUAGUCAAGGUGCUUUAGUGUUUCUCUCAAAGGACUACGAGAUAGAAAAUCAAAAUCCUCUGGCCUCUCCUACGAACACUUUGUUAGGCUCCGCCAAAGAACAGAGAUACCAGAGAGGCCUAGAAAGAAAUGAUAGCUGGGGUUCUUUUGACCUGAGGGCUGCUAUUGUAUAUCACACUAAAGAAAUGGAAUCUAUUUGGAAUUUGCAGAAGCAAGAUCCCAAAAGGAUAAUCACUUACAAUGAAGCCAUGGAUAGUCCAGAUCAAUGAAGGACCAGACUGCCUAUUCGUAACCUUUCUGCAGCAUUAGAGCCACCGUUCAUGGGGGACACAAGGCUUUUAUGCUCCUAGAUCUUCAACGCAGCAGAGGAACCAUAAGUAGAAUCACAGGAUAAUAUAUACAAAUAUAUAUAUAUACAUAUAUAUAUAUAGUUAUUUAAAAAAAAAAGGCAACUGAAAGUAAUUAGACUUCUUAAGGAAUCAAAUUUAUUUCAAGAGACUACACAUGGUUAUUUAAUCUCCGGUACUGAAUAGUUUUUUUUUUCUUUUUUCCUAUCGUUAGUUUCUGUUUUUAAGUGUGAAUGCAAGUGAUUAAUGAAUACAGACUUAACAAGUGUGGUUCUAAAGUUCCUGCUGUCAUCAACUUGGGCAACAAAUGACCCACUGGAAAGGCAAAUCCACUUAAAAGAUCUCUGUAUCUUGUUCUGUGACUAAAGUGAUACACUAAUCACGGGGAACCCAGAAUGAUUCAACAUUUUCCCCCCACUCCUCCUUUGAUCUUUUGGUUUUACUUUAAGCCCUGCGAGAAUGCUGGAUAAAUGCCUUGAAGUUUGCAGGGGUGUAUUUUUUUAGCGAAUAUGAUUUGCAUGUCUUGCCAAGAGUUAAGCAGCCUCUGUGGGUUGUUGGGGAAAUCUUUUCUUUCUUUCCUUUUAUUUUUUGUGGGGUGGGGAUAGGGGAGGGCCUUGAAGUUCUACAAUUCUGGAAUAGUUGGUGGUACAUAGUUAACUUGGUUUUGGUUCAAUUUAACAACUGAAGAAUCCAUGAGUGUCAUUUUUAAUAAGUUGCAGAACAAGCAAUUGGCUUGGAUAUUCAAUAUCGAAAAAUAUUCCUGUGCCCAUAUUUUAAUGUAAUUGUAUAACUGGGAGCAAAAAUAUAUUCUGCUUUUCAACUGUAGGUGCUCCAGACUUGCUCUCUGUCACUAACACUAAAUGUGCUGUUUUCCUUGUUUUUCCUCAAACAUCAAAGAGAAACUUCUGUACCUUUCUGUAAAUUGUCUUUUAAUUUCUCAGCAAAAUCUAAAAGGGGAAGCAAAAGGUCCAUGAAAACUAAAACUUCGUUUUUAGCCAGUGAGAAGGUAAUAAACCCUGCCUAUAGAAGGUGUGUUUUCAUGCAAACUAUACUUCUGAGCUUACUAGCUUCUAAUUAUAUCUUAGUAAAUAUAUUUUAGUACUAGAGCAAAAUGGGUUUUUAAGGAAAAUAAUGUGAAGUUUUGGAAAUUUUCUUUUGGGCAGAGAAGAGCAUUAGCCCUGUCUUAUCACAUUGCCAUCCUGUUGCACUGCAGCUUGUGUAUAGCAUGCUAAAAUAAAUUUAUUUGUGUGUGUGCAGAAAUUAAGGGUCCAAUUAAGAUUGGGUGAUGUUAGUGGCAUAAUAACAAGUUGUCUGGCCUGACAUAGCAUCACAUCACAUAAACAACACACACAGAGAUUAGUAUAUCCAUGUAUGUCAAAUACAGGUUAAAAUAGCAGGGCAUUUAUAUUUAAUAUAAAGAGUUGUAGUCUUCUAAUAAAAGUAGACUGGAUCCCCUGGGGUAUUUCGGGAGAAAGUAACUACUUUUGCUCUACCCCUUUGCUUAAGAAAUGUCCAGUUUUGAGUGACUGGUAGUAUGGAUGGGUUUUCUCGUUUUGUUGAUUAUUUGAGACUUUUAACAAGUAGUUCAUGAAAGAAGCUAUUGGACUCAACAUAGAGUAGAGAAAAUAUCUUUUUAGUCUGGAUUUCUGCCCUGCUUAGAUUUUAAAAGUAUAAGCAUGGAUUGCCAAUUCCACUUGAUGUAAACAAAACUUUUUUAUACAUAAUAUAUAUAUAUAAUAACUUAUUGUAUCAGUCCAGGUUCAGAAACUUGUGGUAGGCCAGUUCCAGAUAGUUUCAUUUCACCUGUAAACUGUAUCACUUUUACUGAUAUUGUAAUUUUCAAAUGUAUAAUAUGUUUACAGAUGUGCCCUGCAUUUAGUCUGCCUUGUUCCUAUUUUGAUUUUUGUUGAGUCUCCUGCCUGCUUGCCAAAAGCUAGGAUGCUUCGGGCCCAUGUACAAUUGAAAGCAGAGGCAUCCUUGAGCUUUAAAGCAUUGAACAAACUGGAAAAUGCAACAUACCACAUACUGAAGUGAAAAAAGUCUGUGUUUUUGUGUUUUUUAAAUAAAAAUUUUCAAAAAGUUUAAAAAAAGAUAUAAGGUUGAUUAAAGGGAAAAAAAGGCUCCAGUUUGUUUUACAGGUUUUAAAGUUCUGCUGUGUGUUCAAUUGCCUUGUGUAACCACUUGUCGCCUUAGGGCCAGAUCCCCUCCCCUCCCUUUUUUUUAAAUGUCCAUUUUGCUUGCCUGGAAUUUUCUUCUGUCUCAACAACUCACAAGAAACUUUCUGGGUUUGUGACAUUACAGAGGUUGAAUGAAUAUAUAUUCUAAAAGGAAAAAAAAAAAAAAAACACCGGCCCCCAUCUGAAUUGGGCUUUUAAACUUAGAAGCAACGCUUAAUUAUAUGGCUAUCCUAAUUUCCUUUCAUAUCCCUCAGGCCUCCAUGUUCAGAGAAGCCAAAAAGAGAAUGUAUCCCUUCUGUUUGUCCAAAGGUUUUUGAGAGUCUCACUUCUAAAUGAAACAAUGCAACAUUUCACUUUGAUUUCUCCACUGAAAUUUCCUUGAUUAUAUGGUUAGAGGUAUAUAAUUAGGAAUGUCACUUAACUUUCUGGGAACGCUAGUGCCCCGUCAUAUUAACUGUCAGUAUUUUUUGGGCAUUGGGUUAAUGGACUUAAUUGCCUAGGUACAAGCAGGACUUUGGGACAAAUUUCCUUUGUGCUGUUUGGUAACACUUAACUCUACUUGUUGCAAUCUUUCUCCUUAGGUCCUCACACAAUUCCUUACAGAGCACUUAUUAAAAAAAAUCUUAAGAGUU